AUGACUCGACGAAAUAACGCCAAAAUUUCGAAUGAUCAUUACUCGAAAAUUCGCCCACAGUUUCCCCCGGAUCUUGAUGUUCAGCAACUUAUUGACGAAUCAGUAAAAAAACAUGAAGAAGGUAGUAUCCGCAGAACACCAAACGCAUUCCUUCUCUAUAGAUCUCAAUACAUAGCUGAAUUUAAUAGAGUUAAAGGCAGAAAUCUUGCUGCCACAAGAAUUUCGCAACUUGCAAAAAAUUCGUGGGGUGACGAGCCGAUUAAUGUGAAAAAUUUUUACAAGCAGCGUGCUAACGAUAUUAAAAAAGGAGUCAAAGAGAGGAUCCCUUAUUCCUUUGUUAACGAAAAUAAGAACAUAGGAAGCCCCAAAACAAAUGAUGAUGGACUAAACAUGUCUUAUGGAGUCGCUAAUACUGAACAUACUCCGGAUUUAAAUCAACACGAAGAAAUCACAAUAACAUCAAAUUCAUUUCAAAUUAAUAACGAAAUUAUUUCGACACAGAUUUUGGAUUCCACAACGCAGGAAACCAAUUACGAUUUUAUUCCUAAUAUAAACGAUACUGAUUAUACAUCGAUUUUACAUUUUUAUCCUACAAAUAACUACAUGCCAGUUUUUUUCGAUAGUUACCCGUGCCCAGAUAUUUAUGAAUUUCCAUUAUUUAAUUAUGAAUAUGAUCAAAGCUUUCUCAACUAUUGUUUUGAUUACACACAAUAA